UUCCUAGAUGUAGUGGCACCACAGGGAAGCACCAAGCUGCUUGCCAUGAAGGCACCAGUUGAAUUUCGUAAAAUGUUGUCCUCUAGCUCUCUCCUGCGGUCUGCAAAAAAAGGUGAGAGCAUAUCUAGUACCAACCUCGAGGAAGCUGCAAAACCUGCUGAAGAUACAAGGAUGGCCAUGUCAAGAAAAACUGAGGUUUCGUUUCCUCAGCGAGGAGUUGUUUCCUCCCCUGAGGAGGAAAACCUGACCACAUCUGCAACAGGAGGAGGCCUGAGGAAGGAGUUAGCUGAGGAACAGACAUCCAGCUCAGAGUCAGAUUCUAGCUCAGAUUCCGAGGAUGAAAAUGUUGAUGAUUCAGAAGUUCCCACUAAAACGAAAGUUGAGUUUCCUAGACGAGAUCCCAUCUUUUCUGAGAGCAUAGCAGUAAAGGCAUCAAUGCUGGCAAAAGAUAAAUUGUCCCAGAAAUCCCUCAAAGAAUAUGGAAUUAAGAAGCUGCCACGCAAACCGGAAAUUAACGUGUCUCCUGUAAAGCAGGUCAAAUUUUCUGAAACAUCAGUCAGCCAGGAAACAUCAAAAUCCAAAGCAAGAGACCCCAAAGUAAAAGCCACUCCAAAAGAGCACAAGUUAGAACCACGUGUGGUGAGAAGUCUGGACCUGACCAAUAUCACUCAUAAAUCUGGUCAUAUGGAGGAAAAGUCCAUUGGAACCCAGGUAGCAGCUAUUCAGAUGAAAGCCUCAGCAGUGACUCAGGAAGACAAAAAGCAAGAACUAGUAUCCAGAGGAGAGAAGGUGAAGGAGGCACAGGAGUUGGAAACAAAAGAAGUAACUGCUCCUAAAGUGGAAGAAACUUCUGGAAGCACAGUGUUGGUGAUGGACACUGCAGCAAAGGAGGAGACCAUGCAGGAAGCAGGAGUCCAGGCUGGAGAAAGCGGUACAAUAGAGGGUACAGCUUUAAAUUGUUUGAACUGUAUUGAUUCAGCUGGGGUAGGGUUUGAUUUUCUUAAAGGGUUUCCACAUCUUCUCUGAUCUUUGUACUGAAGCUGGCAUAGUGGCAGUGACUUUCUGGAAGAUAAAUUGUUGUUCAUUGCUAAUUGUUAUAAGCUGUCAGUAAUACUCAGUCUCCAGCUAUGCUGUGAAAGAAAGCAGUUUCAUUUUCUCUGUAUUUAUAGUUUCAUAAAACAGUUACUUAUAAAAUGGAAACAAGAUUGUUUCCACUGUGAGCAAAAUCAUGGGUUUUAUAUGACAACACUUGUUUUCAUUCUUCUCUUUCCUUGGAAGGAUUUGCUAGCUGCCAUUCUCAUGAGUCAAAUUUGGUGCCAUGUCAUUGUUGCUUAAACCCUGCCAUUUUUCUGGUUCUGUUUUGGCUUCUUUUGGGUUUUGUUUUGAUGGUUUUCUUUUCAAUCUGUCAGUGUUUCAGAUUUCAGAAGACUUCAAGAAAUCAUAGUGUAAUGCCAGAACCAGGCAUUGUUGAUUCUGAGACUGGAAGGUUGCAAGGAACUUGUGUGGAAGUAGUGAGUCAGUUUUGUAGAGAGCUGGGGAGGAGAUAAUGGCGUGUUUUCAGGAAAGACCAUCAUGUAUCAUGUAAUCAUCCCCUCAGCUCUACUUCUUUAUCUGACCUACCCUUCUUAUUUCCUUCCAUCCUGUUAAUUGAUGGCCCUGCUGAUCUCAUUCUGUUAUCUCAGUAGCAGAUGUCUCUCUGUCCUGACCUGUCGAGAUUCUGCCUUUCAUCUUAGCCAGUAUAAAUCUGCCAUUCUUGAGACCCCUCGUUGCUACUUUGAAUUAAAGAAUUUGCCUGUUUGGAA